AUGGUGGGCCAUUCCGCCGCUGCACGCAACGGCACCGACCGCAUCGACGCGUCUGUCGACGACACAAGGAGAUUGGCGAUCGGAAGCAGCUUCGACUCCGUCAUAGGCGCCCAUCGCCCCAAGCCAUCCGUCACCACACCUUCUCUGGAAAGGGGGCCGUCGCUGCUAUCACUGCGGCCACCAUGGCCGUGCACGGGCAGAAACGCCUGCAGCUGCAGCGCUACGACGGAAGCAGCUAUGAUAUCAUCACCCACAGCCACCAGAGCGUCGGACCAGCCGCUGCGGCAGCACACCGACGCGCGAAAAGCCGAGCCGCAGGCUAGCACGCGACGGUCUGCUCCACACAGUGCCAACCGCCACAUUCCGCCGCCGUCCCCACGGCUACUCUCAUCCUCCGUUACUCCACUACUCGCUGCGGCGGCCCCGCUGCCUUCCCCCUCAGGUGGUACACAUUCCCGCCAGCGCGUCAUCUUCACAAGUAGCAGCCACCGCGCUGCCAGACUGUCUCCCGCGAAAUGGGUCACCGCCGUGGGGGUCUUCCGCGGAGGGCUUUUCUCCUCCAGACUACUUUCACCGACAACAGUAUCAACAGCAGCGGCACGAUCAGCAUCAUCGUGGGCCACAGUAUCAUCAUCAACGCUAUGA